CACGUGACGAAGACGCCACAUAAAUAUAUAUCAGACAGAUCGGUGUGUCAACCCCAAGUGUGUCUUCACUUCUAUUCCAAUAGUAACCUGCCUAGCCUUGGCUCUGACACGCACGCAUAUGAGUGCACCAUUCAUUGAAAAUCCAUGCAGCGAUGAUUGGAGGACUCUUAAAUGGGGCCUUUUUUCAGGAGAUAUUAAUUGCUUUAUUGCAGAGAAAUCCGAGCGUUCUCGCAGACGCCAGACACUUAACGAAGAGAAGCGUCGGUCAGAAUGGCGACAUCAAGUUGCCUAUAGUCAACGAGGAAUGAUGGGGAAUUGGAUAACAGGGUGGCUUAAAUCGUUCGGUCUAUCAGAAUCUCAGAUUGAAAAGCUUCCCAUGAUGAACAUACGUCUUCUCGAAAUUGCCGUUGAAACCUUGUUUAGGAUCUAUGACUUGCUACAAGACAGGCAAUCGCUUGGCGCUGGUGAUUAUAUGCCAAUUUGGCAUGAAGCGUGCGACGAGCUUCAAAGAUACGAAGGACAACGCCGUCCACAACUCCUCCCACUGUCGAACCCCAGGCGGUUCCUCGGGUCCAAGUGUCUCCCAAGGGGAAGGGUGGCCCACGUUCGGGCCUGAGCCAGAAGGGGAGACGUCAAAAGCAUGUGGAUAGCUUACGUGUUGCGGGAAAACGGAAAAGGGCAAAGGGAGUGAGGAAGGGUCGUGGUAAAGCGGCCCUCAGCCAAUAUCCAGAGGACGGCAAGUCUGGGGGACAACAAUGUGACCGCUCAGCCUGCAAGGAAUAUUCUUUUCUACUCCAAGAGCCGAUG